AAUUUUCUUUUUCUUGAAUAGGUUUUACAGCAAAUUUUGAAGAUGAUUUUGCCAUUGGGGUUGUUGAUUUUAUCUGCAUCACAGAUUCACAUAAGCUUUAUGGUGUAUUUUGUUGCUUUUCUCCACCUUUGGCCUGUGGAAGGUGACAUUAUUGCACACUCCGCUGAUAACCAAACACAGAACUUUGAUGAUCUCCCAUCAAGAUUUGGUUACCGGCUUCCUAAAGAUGGUUUAAAGGGUUUCCUUGUCUAUUCAAGACCAAAGAAUGCCUGUGAGCCAAUAAUUUCUCCACCUAUGACGGACAAUUCUUCAAUCAACUUCAUUGUUCUGAUUAGAAGAUUUGACUGCAAUUUUGAUAUUAAGGUAUUGAAUGCUCAGCGGGCUGGAUACAAAGCUGCCAUAGUACAUAAUGUUGACUCUGAUGAACUUAUUAGUAUGGGGUCCAAUGAUGUUGAGAUUUUCAAACAAAUCACCAUUCCAUCUGUGUUUAUUGGGGAAGCGUCAGCUAAAUAUCUUCUGGAAGAAUUUAGCUAUUUAAGAGGUGGCCACAUAGUGAUACUACCCGAUUUUAGCCUUCCAUUGGAGUAUUAUCUAAUUCCAUUCCUCAUCAUAGUGGGAAUCUGUUUAAUCCUGAUUGCUGUUUUUAUGAUUUCAAAGUUUAUUCAAGACAGACACAGGGCAAGGAGGAACCGGUUGCGUAAAGAUCAGCUGAAAAAACUUCCAGUACACAAAUUCAAAAAGGGUGAUGAAUAUGAGGUGUGUGCAAUUUGUCUGGAUGAAUAUGAAGAAGGUGACAAGCUUCGUAUCCUGCCCUGUUCACAUGCAUACCACUGUAAAUGUGUAGACCCGUGGCUAACAAGAACAAAAAAGACUUGCCCUGUCUGCAAACAGAAGGUGGUGGCAUCUCAGGGAGAAUCAGAUUCUGAAACUGAUGAUGUAGACAGCAGCCACGAAGAAAAUGAUGAUGCCUCUGAAAACACACCUCUGCUGAGAUCUUCACUUGCCUCCACCAGUGCGCAUUCCUUUGGUACCAUGUCAGAAUCUCGAGCUCGCCAAGAAGCAGUGGAGUCAUCAGAAUAUGAAGAGGAGGAGGAGGAGGAGGAAGAGGGAGAAAGCAGCGAUGCUGGGGACGGGGUCAAUGAAGAAACAGUAGUUCAGAUGCAGCGGGAAAACCCUGAAGCUGUUGUCGGAGAGAGGGGAACCAGAGAGUCUGCCGCAAUAGUUUGAUUUAGUUUCCUUUUCUCUAAGAAAAAAAACAUGAAAUCUGCACACCCUCAAAACAAUGUGUCAAAAUUAAAAGUUCAGGAAAUUUUUCCAUUUGCUUUUCCACAUUUUAUCCAUUGCAACUUCACAACAUAUAUAUGCAAUUUUUUGUAGGGAUUCAAAAUCUUUCACAGCUCUUUCUUCAAUGUCGCUGCUAGAAUGAAGUGCGGCAGUCAUUCAUAGAUUUUUGGUAAUCCAAGCAGCACUGGGUUUUCCCCAAAAUUGCCGCUACCCUUUUUGGCACUAUUGCAUUUGGCACUGCUGCCAACGUGUAAAACUGUUACAUUGAUCGCCCAGCCAUGGUGGUUGGGUUCAACAUCUAAUUCAGAUACUAAGCGAAUGACUUUAAGGAAAAGAAAUAACUUGAAUAUAAAAUGGCUGAAUGACACUGUUUCUUUGUAGAACGUUUAAUCAUGCAUUUUUUAAAUCAAUAUAUAUUCUACAUCAGAAACGAAGAAUCCUACUAAUUGUUUCAAAUGUAAGUAUACCUUGUUUUAUUUACCAAAAUCAAAUUUAUUGAAGUUGAAUUCUCAAGUCAUUUUGGAUUUGAUUUUUAAAUGGAGCGAUUCUGUAUCUGGUUUCAGUUAUUAUAAAUCAAUAAUAAAAUUACCCAAAGAAUUAAGAUGAAUUUACAUUUUAAAGGCUAAUUUUUUUAUUCUGCAUUGUGUGUACACUUUAAAAUAAAGUUGGAAGCUAUAAUUUGGAUUGCAUUUAUCAAGUAAGAUGCAAUAAUGUAAAAUAUUUAGUUACAAUUCCAAAGUAUGAUUUUUUUUUAUUUGAGCUACUUGAACAAACUAUUGUCAUUCUGUUAGAUCACCUCUACAGUUGUACGUAUGCACUGUGUCCUGUCAUGGCGCAUAAAGAAAUUCUUAAAUGAAGAUGAUCCUUUUAAAAAUAGAUAUAAUAGAAUUAACUUCGAAACUAUUGCAUGCGAUUGUGGUGAUGGUGCUGAUUUGGAUAUGACAUGAUUUUCUAAUAAACUAUUAUGAAGUUGUUUUCAGCAAACUGAUAUGUAUGACACGAGGGAUAUAAAUCAAAAUUCACAUUGGAAACACCCUAUAAUUGAAGACUUUUUAUCUCCUGCACCUCAUUCCUGAUAUCUUAAAGGGGGACAAUCUAUUUUUUUUAAAGUGACAAUUAAAAUCUAAUGUGACAAUUCAAGUGCUAGAAGUCAGGACUAGAUAUGAUCUACAUUAUGGGCCACAGUAAGUUUCCAAAUGCAAUUUUUAAUUUUAAAUAGAGACAGUUUGAUUAUGUUCUUGGGUGUCUUUUGUCCAUAUAGUCCAACCGUAUUUUAAAUAUACAGACAUCCAUUAUUGCAAAGUACUUUUAGGUUUCCUGCAUUAGAUCUCGAAACAUUUGAUCCUAAGUCUUUUAGUAACACCUUGCCAACUCCUUACAAGUUUUCUUUUCUUGAAUGGGUGUUGGAUGUGCUUCUGAAUGUUAACAAAUGAUUGAGUGUCUUGUUCUACAUAAAAAUGUUGGCAUGUCCCAUUCGCUGCCAAAAUCAGUCCUUUACCUUAUUAUUGGGGAUUUGUUCACUGAGCUAGCAUUCUAACUUCCAGCUCAAUUGAAUUUCUGUAAAUUUGCCAACAUUAUCUUGUAAGGUUGAUCAGUGUGUGUUCUUGGAUCAGAUGUUUAUCUGUUAUCAUUUUGUUUUGAAUAUUGAACUUUGAGACUGGGAACUGUAGGGAUAUAAUACAUAUGGAAGGAGGAAGAGCAUGGUGAUAAAUCAAUUUGAAACAGUCAACCAAUCUCUAAUAACUUUGCCCCUCAAACCUAAAACUGACCAAAUUCUGAAGAAAUGUAAUAGUUUUAUAGCUUUCUUGUAACUUUAUGUUAAUUGUAGAUUGAGAUGUAAAAACUUUAUUAUUCUUGGAGUUAUCAGUUAAUAUUUGGCACAUUAACAUUGAAGCCUGUUUACCUAAUGUGACUUCAUAGAACUGAGUUUAAAAAUUACCUGGUUUUACCCAACAAGUUUUAGAAUUCUGACAUGUUAUGGAAUUAUCGGUAUGAUCAUAUUCACAAAUGUUACUUUGUUUCUGAAUGUUUCCUACUUAAAUUGUCUGCUAACCUUUUUUAUAUAGUGUUUAUAAACACAGGAUGACUCAAUUGUGACACUGCUGCAAACUGAUGAAUUCAUUUAUGAAAAUAAUGUUGACACGCAUAAAGAUGAUCCCUUUCAUGAGCUGCUGCAGUGCUGUCACAGAAAUAUUAUUGGCCAUUUUAAAAAAAAUGAAGAAUUUUGUUUUCUGUUGGAAGACACUACAUUGCUGUUCUACCACAUGGCUUGCUGUGCCUCCCAGAAUGUUUGAGUGCAGGGAUUGUUUAGUUUGUGGGCAGUCCAAUUUUCAUGUGACUAAAAUCCAUAAGAGCUUUAACUGUGGUACAGAUCUUUCCACUUGGGUACAUUUAACUACAAGUACAGGAGUCUUGCACUGAUCAGCUUCACAUGGUUGAAGUGUACUUGUCACUGUACUUCAUAAUGUUACUUUAUCACUUAAUUUGAUGCACAGGGAUCUAAUAGGUUGUAUAGUUUAGUUUGUUGUAAGGAUGUUUGUAAAUUUAUUCCAUUCAACCAAUUUUGUAUUUUAAACUUGUACUUUUUAAAAAGUACAUGACUGUUGGAAGUGUGGCUGAUUUAAAAGAAUGUUUUGUUAUUCCAUCCCUCCAUGUGAUAUCCAUUUUUGGAAACAUUACACUAGGUUUACUCACCUGAAUAUAAUUAAGGGAGUGUGUCUAAAAUUUGAUUUAAGUUUAAAUGGAUUAUUUAGAUAUUUCAAAGCAUUAAUACAAGAGUUCUGAAUUAAGGUCUUUAUAAAUGCAGUAAUAAGUGUAAAUAGAACAGCACUCCAAUGCUAUAAUACAAAUGUAUCUAAUUCUUCUAUAUCUGUUCUUUUCAAAUAAAGCUAAAUUGAUGCGAUCA